AUGUUCACGCUAUGCCUGAAGGACCAUGUAUCUGGGGGCAUCUCCAAGCCUUUCCUCAUCCACUACUUUGGCGGGAAUGUGACUGUUGUCCUCAAUGAUGGUCGCUGCUCCAUCAACGAGACGGACAAGUUUUAUUAUUACAGGAUAACUGGCGCCCCCUCCCAGUGUGGAGGCCAAACGCUUAUUAACAGGACGCAUGUGGAGUUGAGGAACGCGCUGACUGUGACGCUCAGCAGCGGGAGAUCCAUCACACGGAGGGACCUGAAGGUGCUGUGGACCUGUGCCUACCCGCUGCUCCAGACCAGCACAGCCGCAUGAAGCCUGGUCUGGACUGGGUUACCUCUCACAGUGUGGUGCAGGUGAAUUCGUCCCGCCUCCUGGAGAUCAGCAUGGCCUUGUACAGUGACUCAUCUUACUCAUACAACUACACUGGCCCUGUGGAGCUCCCUUCUGCAGAGCAGCUGUACAUCCAGGUGACCCUGCACUGUGAGAACAGCCUGGCCUACAACAUGAGCCUACAGCUGGAGUCCUGCUGGGCCACACAGACCGCAGACCCACAAGAGGAGAAGAAGGCUUUUUUCCUGAAGGGGGGCUGCCCAAACGACAGAACCUUCCGCUGGUACCUCCAGAGCAGUUCCCCUCAAAGGAAGAGGUUCUCCAUUCAGAUGUUCACCAUGUCUGACCACUCCCACAUCUACCUUCACUGCCUGAGCAGAAUAUGCAGCCAAGAUGAGAACUGCACAACGAACUGCUCUCCCAGGCAAAACCAGAAGGUGAGAAGAGAUCUACCGGACAAACUCACAGCUAUUCUUUCAGCAGGACCCAUCUCUGCAGCAAAGAGGAAACUGACAAACUGGCCUGGAGCCCAGAUCAUGCUAUCAGUGGCCGGAGGAUUGAUUGGCCUCUUUUUUCUGACAGCACUGGGUGUGCGUGCAGCACAAGCUAUAACACAGCGCAACCCCAGACAUCAAUAAAGUGUGUAUACCUGCA